AUGGGCGAUUUCGUUGCCCCCGACCUUCCAGUGGAAAUUCUCAUUCUCAUUGCCCAAUUUCUCUACUGGGCUGAUGAAGGACAGAAGGACUCGUUGCUCUCUCGCCAGAAAAAUAUGUACAACUUCUGCCUUCUUGGUCGUGCAUGGUACUCGGCCAGCAUCGAGUUUCUGUAUCGUAGCCCGCAACUUGCGCGAGGAAACAAGUUCGGCAAUUUUCUAUCCACAGUCAGUCCCCAGUCCAGGGCCAAAAAAUCAAAGGUCGACCUCGGGUCUUUGGUGAAGGAGCUUCACUUGCAGGAGCUGGUCCACCACAGCUCCCCUAGCCAAACUGCACGGCUAUUAAAAGCGGCGAGCUCAAGCCUUAUUUCUUUCACGGCACCUCGUGUAUCCUUUGCCAUCAACAGCCUUGCAGCGCUUUCCAGAUGCCAGAAUCUUCUACGUUUAGACUUAAGCUUGGUUAUAGGAAGCUCUAUAAGCUUUCCGAAACUCAAAAAAGCUAUCAGUGGUAUUAAAAGGCUCGAAUGUCUCAUACUUCCCACUUCAAUGAAGCUCGUUCAUACAAACGACACCGUGGAUCAGUGGCCGCAGUCACUGAUCGAUCUGAUAGUCGGGGGCCACGUCGAUUACGAAACGAUGUUAGAUUUCUGCUGGCCGGAAAAUCUCGAAAAGUUAACAUUUGAUCAUUGCGUUAAUCUUGAUCUUUACGUCCUCGCGGUUACUCUGCGUAACAAGAGGCUUAGUCAAGGGCUCAGAGAACUGACCAUCGGUUCUGAUAAUCACGACAUAUGGAAAGAUGAAGUGGAAAAUGAACAAUUCGAUAUAGCGGGAGCUCUCGAGUCAAUGGAGAUGCUUUACCAUCUCAAAAUACCUGCAGAUCUUGCUACGACGCUGCUCGAUGGCCCGGGGCUACAGGUAUCGCCCAUUCAGAUAUUAGAGAUCGAUCCCGCACAGCCUGGUUUUGAGUUGGAAUCAGACGAUGGUGAAUGGCUCCAAAUUUUACUUCUCCGAGGGUUGCAAAACCAAUUCAGCAAUGUGUGGUGUCUUAAAGUCUCUCCAGACGUAGGACUCAUGCUGAAUGACUACCGAAAGAUCGACGACGAAAUUUGGCUUCACCUACCGGACGACGAUGACCCUCGGCUUGCUGAGUUUGAAUCAACUCACCCAUUCGGAUUGACAAUCCUCAAUUGA